AUGGCUGAUCUUGCCUAUCUAUUGGCAACCAUACUCAUUGAAAAGCUCGGGUCCAUUGUUUCUGAUGAAAUUUCCUUGGCAUGGGGCGUUAAAGCUGAUCUGCAAAAACUUGAGCAGACAAUGUCCAUCAUCAAAGAUGUUCUCUUGGAUGCUGAACAGAAGCAAGCUCAUAACCAGCAGCUAUGCAGUUGGCUACGACAGCUUAAACAUGUGUUUCUUGAUGCAGAGGAUUUGUUGGAUGAGUUCGAGUGCGAAACUUUGCGGAGGCAAGUGGUGGAAACAUUUCAUCCCACAACCGGAAAGGUACGCCGUUUCUUCUCUCGUUCUAAUCCAAUGGCAUUCCGUUCGAGAGUAGGUCAUCAAAUCAAGGAGAUUAAGGAGAGGUUAGAUGAGCUCAAGUCCAUUAGGGCUAUAUUUGAUUCUCUCACUAGAACUUAUCAUCAUGAGACAGUGAAUAUGACCCACUCCUUCGUUCGUGCUUCAAAGGUUAUUGGUAGAGAGUCUGAUAAGAAACAAAUUGUAAGUCUUUUGAUGCAACAAGGUGAUGAUGAUCAAAGUGGGAAUGGGAAUGUCUCUGUUAUUCCUAUUGUGGGGAUUGGAGGUUUAGGGAAGACCACACUUGCCAAGUUGGUGUAUGAUGAUGAAAAGGUGGUUGGGCAUUUCGAAUUGAAGAUGUGGGCAUAUGUUUCUUCUGUGGACUUUGAACUUGCUAGAUUGACAAGACUGAUUCUUGGUUCUGCAUUAGAUACAGAGAUCAGCGAUAAGUUGACUCUGGAUCAGCUGCAAGCAAAGCUACGUCAUGCUUUAAAGGAUAAGAAAUUUCUGCUUGUCUUGGAUGAUGUUUGGAAUGAUGAUCCUAUCAAAUGGAAUGAGUUGAGAGAUCUAGUGAUAGAUGGGGCCAAGUCAGGAAGUAAGAUUUUAGUUACGACAAGAAAUACAUCCGUUGCUAAGAUGAUGGGUACCAUUUCAACAAACAUUAAUUUGGAAUUUCUUUCCUUUGAGGAUUGUUUGUCUUUGUUUGUAGAAUGUGCUUUUAAAGAGGGAUGUGAUAAACAAUACCCAAGCCUCUUUAAAAUAGGAAAAGAUAUUGUCAGAAAGUGUGGAGGGGUUCCAUUGGUGGUGAAAACUUUAGGGAGUCAACUAUACUCAAAGACUGAUGAACAUGAAUGGAAAAUGGUAAGAGAUUCUGAGAUAUGGGAAUUGAAACAAGAAGAUGAUGGUCACAUUUUACGUGCUUUGAGAUUGAGUUAUACCCAAUUGCCUCCUCAUUUGAGACAAUGUCUUGCUUACUGUUCCCAUCUUCGAAAGGAUACAAUUAGAUUUAGUAGUUUAAAUUUGAUCAGAUAUUGGAUGGCACAUGGAAUCCUUUAUCAAUCUCGUGAUUAUGGGAAUACGGAGUUGGAAAACAUCGGAGAGCAAUAUUUUAAGGAUUUAUGGGCGAGAUCCUUCUUUCAAAACGUUGUUGAUCAUGGUAUUUGCUUCACAUUUGAUAUGCAUGAUCUUAUCCAUGAUCUUGUACAAUCAGUUGCAAAAGAUGAGUGUUUUACAGUGAAGUCUGUAGACACCAAAGGCAUAUAUAAAAAUGUUAGACAUUUGACAUUUUUGAAAGCUGGCCAAAAUGUUUCAACAACCAUGCAAAAGUUGAACAAAGUGCGGACUGUAAUCGCAGACAGAAUAGACAUUGAUGAAUCCUUCCUGUGCACUUGCUUUUCAAGAUUCAAGUAUUUGCGAGUGCUGCUGUUAUGGACAGUAUCAUUAGAAGUGUUGCCAAGUUCCAUUGGUUCCUUGAAACAUUUGAGAUAUCUGGUCUUGUUUUAUAAUGAAGCAAUAACAAAACUCCCUAAUGCAAUUUGCAAGUUGCAGAGCUUGCAAACUCUAAAUCUUGUUGGAUGUGUGAAUCUUGAAGAGUUGCCUAGAGAUAUAAGCAAAUUGAUCAACCUCACAACACUUGGAUUUACCACAAAACAAACUAGUUUUACAAAGAAUGGGGUGGGAUGCUUGGAAUCACUUCAGUUUCUUACUAUUCAUCUAUGUAGUAAUUUAACCUCUUUGCCACGUGAAACGAGCUAUCUUACUGCAUUGCGUGCUCUGUGUAUAUGCAAAUGUGAACAACUGGAUUUGGAGAACAAAAACUAUCAAGGAACUCCAUUGAGGCUCCAAAAUUUGCAUAUUAUAGAUGUACCACGGAUGGUGGCACUGCCCAAAUGGUUUCAAGGAGCGGCUAACACCCUUCAACUCCUGUGUAUUGGCAACUGUGAAAAUUUGGAGGCAUUACCUGAGUGGUUGGCAAGUUUCACAUCACUCACAAAGUUGACCCUUGCUUCAUGUCAUAAAUUGUCAUCUCUGCCGGAGGGGAUGCGUUCUCUUACCUCCUUAAGAGAACUUGAGAUUCAAAAUUGUCCUAAAUUAGAAAGAAGAUGCCAGCGCGACAUUGGAGAAGAUUGGCCCAAGAUUUCUCAUGUGCCACAUGUUUCCUUUCACUUAGUUGAUUCAUUUCUCGAUAUAUAA